AUGGCCGCCCACAAAUUUAAAUAUUUCAAAGGUUCUGUAAUGCAUUACGGGCCCUAUGGUUUUGCUUCAGACCAAUACAAACCAACAAUUUCGACCUUAGAUAUUAAUUGGCAAUCAACAAUAGGCCAAAGAAUUGGGCCCAGUUUUUUGGACAUUUUAUCAAUAAAUAGAGCCUAUUUUUGUUCUGAAAAGUGUUCAAAACCUUUAAUUAAUUGUUUACAUGGAGGCUAUCCAAAUCCAAAUAAAUGUUUGGAGUGUAAAUGUCCUCUCGGAUUUUCUGGAAAAUUAUCAACAAAACAAAAGAUCAACUCUGUCGAUCUUCUGGGUGUUAUUCAAAAUAAUUUUAAAACCUUUCAGCUUUCCAAAACUAAAAUAAAAAUAUCUUCCCCCUCACACCCAAAUUUAUUCCCUUCAAAUAUUGACUGUAUUUGGCUGUUAAAAGCCCCGCUUGGAGGGCAUAUAUUUUUACAAUUUUCUUCAGAAAAUUUUUAUUAUUCUUGUGAAGAUACAUGUGACAAGUCUUUUAUUGAAUUAAAGACUGGGCCAGAUUUUAGAAUUACUGGAUAUCGGUUUUGUUGUUCUGUUGCUCCAAAAAAUAUUUUUCGUUCUUCUGGGUCAGAAAUGAUUGUUAUACAUUCUGGACAGGGACCUUCAAGUGAAGGAUUUUUGGCUUAUAUUUGGAGUGAUUUGGACUGGGAAAAGAAUCCAAAUUCAAUAAAGGAAACAACUCUAGAGUUAACAACUUUAAAAAUAAAUAAAGAAAAGGAAACUGCAACAGAAACAAUAGAACCACACACUACAACAACUGGUACAACUGAAAAUUUCAUUGAAAAUACGACAGAAGGAAAAGAAAUUGUUUUCUCGUCUACUACAACACCAACAGAAUUAAAAACAACCCCAACAACACAAAUAAAUAAUUGUUUAAAUUGCGACAAUUGGUCCCAUUGGGAAGAAUGUACACAAAUAUGUGGGGGGUGUGGAAAAAUUAAAAGGAAACGAAUUUGUAAUAAAACAAGCUGUCAAACUGAAGAAAAAAGAUUAUGUAAUCAAAAUGCUUGUCCGGUUGGAACGAAUUUUUUGUUUAGCAACGGAGAAUUUCAGUUAAAUUUUUACCCCUAA